UGCUCCAGAGUGCAGAGUUCAGACCACCUGCGGACUUCGAAAAAGGUGCUGCAUAAAUUGCAAAAGUCUCCAGGUUGUUUUGGUCGAGACUCGAAACCAAACAGAAUUCCUUCCCCGCGUCUCUCUUAUCCUACUUUCUGUGAACAAACCCUCAGAUACACCACGAAGAAUUAAGAACCUAACAAACUGACAUUCCUUUCCUGUUAGGGUUUAUGUUUUUCCCCCAUACAAUUUCCAUCAUCCGUUCUCUUCCUUUUAUUUUCCUCUACCUUCACACGACCCAAAUUCCACCCUGACUGAGGCCUAACUUUCUCAGUCAAUACCCUACGUUAUGGGUAUCUCCUUCAAGGUCUCGAAGACCGGUACAAGGUUCCGCCUGAAGCCCCCGCUUCAAUCAGAGGUCGACGUUGUCGACAACGUGUCGGAGAAUUCCAAAGAGAGCUCAAGGAAGCUCCAGGGUGACCUUAGGGAAGGAGGUAAAGAUGUAGCAGGAGUAGCUGCACCAUCCAUGUCUUCUGAAGGCCUUCUUCCAUCUGCAGAGAAUGAAGUUUCCUUCACAUUGAACCUCUUUGCAAAUGGAUAUUCUAUUGGAAAACCAACAGAGAAUGAAGCUGCACAUCAGGCUGGACUUCAAGAUGUUCCAAAGUUGCAUCCAUAUGAUAGGACGUCUGAAACUCUCUUCUUGGCAAUUGAAUCUGGCCGGUUGCCUGGAGAUAUUCUAGAUGAUAUACCCUGCAAGUUUGUUGAUGGGACGCUCGUAUGUGAGGUGCGGGAUUAUCGGAAAUGUGAAUGUUCUGGUGAUCCAACAUCCAAUGGAUCCCCCAUUGUUAGUAAAGUAUGCCUUAAGAUGUCAUUGGAGAAUGUAGUGAAGGAUAUUCCAUUGAUAUCAGAUAAUUCUUGGACUUAUGGUGAUCUGAUGGAAGUGGAGUCCCGCAUACUGAAAGCCUUGCAACCACAACUUCAUCUAGACCCCACUCCUAAGUUGGAUAGGCUUUGUAAUAACCCAGUCCCCACUAAGCUUGAUUUGGCUCUUUCUAGUGCCCGGAGAAAGAGAUUGAGGCAGAUGCCUGAAGUUACUGUCACAUCUAGUAUUAAGACUCAUGGGAAGAAAGUUUGCAUAGACAGAGUACCUGAAAGUUCUAACUCUAGGUUGGGGGAUACAGGAAUCAUUUCAGGAAAUGUGGUGCCACGGCAACAACAUGAGAAUCUUACAGCUCCAAAUCUUGUCCCAACAAACAUGUUAGCCAUUAGGCCCAAGAACUUAGCACCAGAGGCCUCAGUUCCUGCACUACCACUUGCUUCACAUCAAUCAAGAUAUCAAAUGGGGGUUGGGACCCCCAGAAGUAUGCAGGAUCCUGGUUCAGGGCCUACUAUUAAUGCACCAGGGCCUUCUCCUGCUGGGCAGGACAUCAUGAUCUCAUAUGCCGACAAUGUGAAUUCAAGUGCCUCGCUUCUUGGAAAGAGGGAUAAUCAAGAUGGGCAAAUGUCACCCUUGUCCAACUUUAACAAGAGGGCAAGGCCUACACCAGUGGGUCUUGAUGGAAUGCAACAACAGCAAAUAGGGUCACAUAUGGAUGGACUCCAUGGCCAGGAUAUAAAUUGGAAGACUACGAUAUUACAGCAGCAAGCAAUGGCAAGGGGCUUUCCGUAUUCAAAUACAAACAGUCAAAAGUUUCCCCACCAGGUGUUUGAAGGGGCUCUGAAUCAGGAUGCUGGGACAAUGCCAUUUGCUGCAGGACAACAAGGAACACGAUAUGGUCCCAAGGAAGAGCAGUUCGAGAUGGAUAAAUUAGAUGGGUCGGAGCUCAACCGCAAUAAAAAUGAUAUGCAGAUGGUGGAAACAGAAACAAGUCAUCUGGACACACAGCAAUCACGGCAGCAAAGACUACCACAGCAUGCAUUCAUGAGAUCUAAUUUCCAUCAGACACCUUGGAAUAAUCUUGGUCAGCAUUUGGAGAAAGAUGCCAGAAAGGAGGAGCAGCUCCAGAAAAGAAAAGCAGCUCAAAGUCCCCGGUUUUCUAAUGCAGCUUUUUCUCAAUCUCAAUUAUCGUCAAAAUCUGGGGAAUUUUCUAGUGGUUCAGUUGGACCCCACUUUGGAGCAGUUGCAACAACUGCUGCAUCACAAAAGGAGAAAGCAGCAAGCACCUCAGUUGCUACUGUUGGUGGGACCCCAUCUUUGACUUCCAGUGCUAACGAUUCCAUGCAACGGCAACACCAGGCCCAAGCUGCUGUGAAGCGGAGAUCAAAUUCUCUCCCCAAGACCCCAGCAAUGAGUGGAGUUGGAUCUCCAGCUAGUGUUGGUAAUAUGAGUGCUCCAUUAAAUGCAAACAGUCCUUCAGUUGGAACACCACCACUGGCAGAUCAAACCAUGCUUGAAAGGUUCUCAAAGAUAGAAAUGGUGACAAUUAGGCAUCAACUGAACGUCAAAAAUAGGAAGGUUGAUAAUCACCCCAUUAGGAAGCCCAACACAUAUUCCACUCGCCCUCUGUCAGCAUUUCUCUCUACUGCCUCCAAUAAUGAAGAUUUUAAAGAUGAUGCAAGCACAAGGUCUUUAUCUAAGUCACUUGUAGGUGGCAACAUCAAUACCUGCAAAAUAAGGGUCUUAAAAUUUAUGCAGCCAGAGCAUAUACCUCCAGAAAAUGCUGUUUCUUAUCGGGUAAGAACUAGAAUGAUCAUGUCAGAGAAGCCAUAUGAUGGUACAGUAGCAAUGCAUUAUGGAGAAAUAGAAGAUGGCGAUUUUCUUUCUGCGGAGGAUCACCUUCCGACAUUGCCCAAUACACACUUGGCGGAUUUGCUUUGCACACAGCUUUGUUCACUGAUGAUGCGUGAAGGAUAUGUUGUGGAAGAUCAAGUCCAACGAAAACCAACUCGCAUGAAUCUUGCCUCGGCCAGUCAAUCGAAUGUUGCUGGAGUCCAUCAUAAUUCAGUAGCUGACAUGCAGAAAUAUGCGGCAAUUCCUGGUCAACAAUCAAAUGAAGUUGCCAAGCAAACUAACAAUGGCAAUGCAUCUCUAAACUCACCCCAGAAUCUGUUACCGGAUGCAAGGAUGCUGCCACCUGGAAACCCCCAGGCUUUACAGAUGUCUCAAGGAUUCUUUUCUGGGGUUUCAAUGCCCCAGAGAUCAACGCAGCCAGACCCACAACCAUCUCUUCAUCACCAUCAGCAGCAGCAGCAGCAGCAACAGCAGCAGCAACAGCAACAUCAACAGCAGCAGCAGCAGCAGCAACAGCAACAUCAACAGCAGCAGCAGCAUCAACAACAGCAGCAGCAGCAGCAACAGCAACAGCAGCAGCAGCAGCAGCAACAGCAACAGCAACAAAGCCAACACUCCUUGAUUCAACAGCAGCAUUCCCAGUUCCAGAGGCCAUCUAUGAUGCUCGCAACAAAUCCACUUUCGCACUUGUCUGCAAUUGGACAGAAUUCCAACAUGCAGUUGGGCAACAGAAUUCAGCUGUUACGGCAACAACAGCAGCCACAAAUGCAACGGAAGAUGGUGAUGGGACUUGGGACAGCUGUCAGUAUGGGAAACAUGGGCAAUAACAUGGUUGGUCUUGGAGGCCUUGGCAGUGCAAUGGGCAUGGGAGCUGCAAGGGGAAUAGGGGGAACUGGAAUGUCAACACCAAUUGGGCCUAUAUCUGGCAUGGGCAAUGUGGGGCAGAACCCGAUGAAUCUUAGCAAUGCAAUAAGCCAGCAACUUCGAUCUGGAUUAAAUCCUCAAGCUGCUUUCUCAAAACUUAGAAUGGCACACAACAGAGCAAACAUGUUAGGUGGCCCUCAGUCAAGUAUAGCAGGGAUUUCAGGAGCUAGACAGAUACAUUCUGGCUCUACUGGUCUUUCAAUGCUUGGUCAGAGUCUAUCACGAGCUAACAUGAACCCAAUGCAACCGGCAACAAUGGGGCCUAUGGGUCCACCUAAGUUGAUGGCAGGGAUAAAUCAUUACAUGAACCAGCAGCAACAACAACAGCAACAGCAGCAACAUUCAUUGCAGCAGCAGCAACAUUCAUUGCAGCAGCAGCAAUUUCAACAGCAGCAGCAGCAGCAAUUUCAACAGCAGCAGCAGCAGCAGCAGCAGCAAUUUCAGCAACAGUUGCAGCAACAACAAGACACCACUUCACCGCUACAGUCUGUUGUCUCACCUUCACGAGUGGGCUCACCAUCAACCGUGGGAAUGUCACAACUGAACCAACAAACUCAGCAACAGCAAACUAGCCCUCAGCAAAUGAGCCAGCGAACACCAAUGAGCCCACAGCAGUUGAGCUCUGGAGCAAUCCAUGCCAUGAGUACGGGUAAUCCAGAUGCUUGUCCAGCAAGCCCACAGCUGAGUUCUCAGACCCUUGGUUCGGUUAGUAGUAUCACUAACUCUCCUAUGGAUCUACAAGGUGUGAAUAAGAGCAACUCCGUAAAUAAUGUAUAAUGAAGCUCAGGAGGCUGAGGGUUUUCUUCUCGAGCCAAGUUCUAGCCGUGCUCUUGCAAAGCCUUUCUCCAUCGCCUUUAUGGGGAAGUUCGUUCUUAUUACUUGGUUUCAGUUGGAUGCACUGAUACUUACAAAAAAGUGAACCAGAUUUCAAUAUUCCACAUGCUUUGGAAAAGUGUAUAAACUAGGUUGUAGGCAGUGCAGUGCAAGCCUGCAAGGGGCUUUUGAUAUGUGAAUGCUAUUUGAAGAUUAUUAUCUUUAGUGUUUAUAUUUAAGAUGAGUUUGUAGGCUGGAAUGACAAAACUUGAUUAUAUGGUAAGUGUAUUUUUGUUGUGGGGUGAAAUUGCAAGGAAAGGUAUGGACAUUAAAGACAGAAAUACUUGAUCUUCGUAAAAAAUUAAAAAUAA